ACACACACACAUACACACACACACACACACACACAUACACACACACACACACACACACACACACACACUCACACACACACACACACACACACACACACACACACACACACACACACACACACACACACACACACACUCACACGCACACAUGCACACACACUGUAUCAAUUGCUUAGGGAUACAGUAUCAAACCGGGGCCACAUGGAAAUCCUGCGGGUUUGAUACAUACAUCCCUGCCAGCUUCAUUCAGGGCGAGUGAGGCGAGCGAUAACACCCCGGAAUAGCGAGAUGCUCUCGGGCUUGUCGCUCCCGGUGAACCUGGAUCGAAGCAGAAAUAAAGAGCGUCUGGAGGCCAGUCUCGCCGGCCUCCUGGAGCUGCAGUUCCUGAGGCAGAGGCAGGAAUUUCUGGUGAAAGAGGCUUUACAGAUCGCAGGGAAUAGACGCGAACAGGACCCGCUCGUGUUGAACUGGGAUUUAAACGGAGGCGACACCUUCUACCCAGGCGGCAGUCUUAGGGACGCAGAAGGCAACAGUCUGAGGAGACAUUUGAAUGGGCUGAGGCGCCAAGAACUCGCUUUCCUCAGCCCCCUCCAGCAGCUGGAGAGGCAAGUCAGUGAACUCCGACUCGAUGUGUCGCAGACUCCAGGGGGGGAGCCAGAGAUCGACAGUCGCCCGAGCUCAGGCUUCUAUGAGCUCAGCGAGGGCCCGUCCCCCGCGCUCUCCGACUCCUCCGCCUCCAUCUUUGCUGAGUGCUUCCCCAGCUUUCAUUCUGCUGCGUGCAACUACCCGCGGCUUGGCUUGGCUGACGCUCGCAUUAAUUAUGCAAAUGAACGACCCAAAUCAUUAGCCGAGCCCCUGCACACGGACCAGGACGAGAGCCUGAGCUAUGCCGACAGCGAUUAUGUCUCCUCGGUGCCCCGCUCCUUCUCGGCAACCCACUCGGAGUCACUGGAAGCUCUGGCGGACAUGCGGUCGAAGCACCCGUCGGACCUGAUGACCCGCGACAACCUUGAGCUCUUCCCCUACCCCGGCCCCCUCCACGCCAUGGCCGUACAGAACCCCCUACUCGGCCAAGGCCUGCGGGCAAGCAGCGAGGAGAAGCCCUUCUCACCCACCUCCUUCCUGGGCGCUUACAGGCUGGACGGUGAUGGGGAAUUGUUCUUUGGCUCUGAGGCCGAGCUGGCCCAAGGCCUGGAGCCUGUCCAGUCGAAGAGGCUGGAGAACUACAUCACGGGCCUGGUCCACAAAAGGGUGUACCCGGUCCGCUCGAACAAGCCGAGGACGAGCCUAGCAGCGGACCCCACCAAGGGCCUGAUUCGCCAAAGCAGCCUGUGCCAGAGGAACACGGAGCCUGCCAGCCCACAGAGUCCCGGCCGCGAGCAGGUGUAUCCCUCGUCUGAGAGGGCAAAGAUCUCCAGUUCCCACAGCUUCGACGGCAGCCUGCCCACUGCAAAAUACAGGCCCUUGUGGAACACAGGCGGGGACCAGUCGUCGGCCAAGAAAAUCCUCCCGGGAUGUCAGGCCUCGGACAGCUUCACCGGCGCUGCUCCAAAGCCGAAGGAAGAGGCCCAACACUCCCAGAGCCUGAGGAAACAGGUCAGGCUCAUGACGAAUACUCCACCCAUGAGGCCAACCUCGCUGGAGUACCACGACUUGAAUUACCACCCGGCCUUGCGGGCCUCCCCUCAGGAGAGCUAUUACCAGAAUGUGUACUCACUAGAUGAAGGGCCCCGGGCCUUUCCACCCACCCGGGCCAACUCGGUGGAAGUCCAGUCGCCGCCUUUCGAGCAACGCAUUGCCGCAGGGCCUGAGGUCCGAGAGAAGAGGUCGCCCAUCCGGGGGCUCGACGACGGGGCCUACCAGAUGGUCAACGCACAGUACAUCCCGGGCAAGCAGCCGUACCGAGGGCCAGGGGGCCGGGCCAAGGCCGCCAUGCUCAGCAAGUGCCGCUCGGCCGACAUGUCGCCCGAGGCAGCUCCCCCUGGCUUCAGAGAGAAGGGCAAGGCCCCGGGCAAGAAGUGCCGCUUCAGUGAGGAGGCGGAGGCCGCCAGGCGGAGCGGUCGCAAGCCGUCGCCACGGGCCAAGAAGACGUCCCGCUCCAACUCGGAGAACAGCCUGCUGCACCGGCAGAGCUCAGCCGGCGGCAAGUACAAUACGGUGGAGCGGGACGAAGGCCGCUCGCUGCGGUCCAGGCGUCACCCCGGCGGCGGCGGCGGCUACCGGCGCUGGCGGUCGACAGCGGAGAUCAGCCAGGAGGAGGCCACGGUCGCGGCCGCAGAGCCUUACGCGCCCGGGGAGGGCCAGCGGCGGCUCAGGAGAUACCAGAGGGCGGCCGGCCACCAAGCUGGCAGCGACUCAGAGGGCCGGGCACCUCCCGAGGACGAGGGCCCGGGGCCCAGGGCCUACGGCGCCCACGGCGGCUUCGGCGACAGCGAGUCCAGCCUGAGCGAGGCCGAGUCGCCGGCCUUCAGCACCUGCUCCAGCGAGACGGACGACGAGGGCGGCGGGCUGGUGUGGCCCCAGCAGGUGGCCCCGCAGGCGGCCGGCCGCAGCCCAGCCCAGCCCAAGGUCUUCGUCAAGAUCAAGGCCUCCCACGCGCUGAAGAAGAAGAUUCUCCGUUUCCGCACCGGCUCCCUCAAGGUGAUGACAACUGUGUGAGGGAAAAACGACUCAGGACGUUCCGUCGGCACUUUAAAGCCGUCCUUCACCCCCUCCCCACCCCUACCCUCCCCAUUGCAAGUUUAUAAGAAGAGGGGACUGGGCCGAUAGAGGCGAGAACCCACCGGACACUCUUUAUCCGUACCUCCACCUGACGUCCGCAAAGAUCUCCUCCCCUUCACCAUGAUAGAAGCACCUUCCGGAAGCACCGUACGGAACAGAGGGAGACUCCCCCUGCUGCUGCGCCGGACAGAGGCGGAGGGGGGGCACCAGGCCUGGUCUCGUGCCCCAUUCUCUGGGGCGAGGGACGAGACUCGAAGCCGCAGCCCCCUGCUGCGUCCCGCCGGAGAGGUGCCCCGAGGAAACUGGGGCCCCCCCACAAGCCGAGGGAGAGCCCUCUGCUUGAUGGAAUUCCGGUCCGAGGGCCCUGUUCGCCUGGUUCCGCGAACCCACCUCGCGGAGGGGCUGUCCAUUCAUCCUACGCCGCAGCAACCGUCCACGACUUAUUUUACGCAGAGAGUCUUUGGGCGUUUUUGGUGGCAGAAAGCUUUCUAGAUCAAGGACUUGGGUUUUGAGUGUCACCUGCUGUUGACACCCCCCACCCCCAUCACCCUUGACUGAGGUUCCUGGGCCAAUAACACCUCAGUUUCAAAUUUCUCGCCCCUGUGGUCAAAUCCCUCAGCCACACCUCACCAAUCAGAUCCAGAUUCAGAUUGGUUUCGUUGUUCAUUUGCUGAAACAUACAGUGAAAUGUGUCACGACAGACACAAAAUGCUGCUGAAGGAUCUCAGCAGGCCAGGCAGCAUCUAUGGAAAAGAGUAAACAGUCGACGUUUCGGGCCGAGACCCUUCAUGAAUGUGGUACCAGCUGGCAGUGAAGACAGGUUCCCAGGAGGAAUACACGUCCUUACCCAGACCCACUACUAGAGUCACGUCUCCCUCCCAGAAACAUAACUUCGCCACCAGCUUGAACCACGUUAGCGCAGGGUCUCAGCCAAAACGUCGACUGUGCUUUUUUCCACAGGUGUAUUGUGCGUGUUGCUCGGAUUUCCAUCAUCUCCAGACUCUCUCUUGUUCGUGAAGUGAGCCGUCGGCGUCAACAGCCAACACUCCCAAGGGCGUGCUGGGCGGUUGGGAGGCGGGGGCAGCCCGCAAGUGGUCACUGAAAAUCCCGGCGUAGGCAGAGCAGGGCCCACGGUGCUCAGCAAGCAACGAGACAACAACAGCAAAACAAACCCCUGUCCUCUCGCUCACACCCACGCACAGACAGGUCUCCUGCGGACCCCAGCCCUCUGCCACCCUCAAAGACCUCUGUGCUCCCCCAAUUCUGGGUUCUUAAUCGCCUGAAUUUCCUGUCACUGUUGGCGGUCCUGUCUGCGCCCUGUCCCCUGGAAUUGGCUCCUUGAACUUUGAACUUGCCCCCUUAAGCUGUACCACAGAGACUUGCCUCUUCAUCAGCUUCGAGCCCCCUUGUCUCCACGGCCCCUCAGGUGGCUCAGGAAUAUUUUACCCAGAUUCAAACAAGCCCUGUGGAUACACGGCAGCCAUAUGUAACAGAUUGCACCAAAGUAGGCUCUGAUAAUAAACUUGCUUUGAAAUUUGAAACUAGGACCCUCGGCCCAACAAGACGUUUGGAGCACCCAUUUACACGAGUCCUAUUUCAUUUUACUUUCCCCCACCUUCUCCCCCACCCCAGAUUCCAUCACUCGCUGCAAACAAGGGGACGAUUUACAGCGGCCAUUUAUCCUGCCAACCCAUGAGUCAUUAGAGUGCGGGAGGAAACUGGGGAGCUUGUGCAGUUGCAGGGGGAAUAGACACUACCCGAUGUCAGGAUCUAUCCGAGUGUCACGUUACUCCCUCUUUUCUGUUGCCUCGGUUUCGCAUUGCUAUAGAGCUGAACAGAGCUAACAGGCCUGUCUGCCCGGCGCAUACAGGCUGACCAAGGCCCCUUGGUGAGCUGGUCCCAUUUUCUUUCAGCCAAUCUCAACCUUAAGGAACCGCAGUACAUCCGCGGAAACUUGCGACUGUCGACGCACCGAGUCUCCUCAAACUCGGAGUCAAACUUUGCCGCUGUUGUGCCUUCUUUAUAAUUGGAAUAUGUUGGCCCCAGGACAGACCUUCAGAGGUGUUGAGACCCAGGAACUUGAAGCUGCUCACUCUUUCCACUGCUGAUCCCCCUAUCCUGGCAGGUGUGUGUCCCCUUGACCUCUCCUUCCUGAAGUCCACAGUCAAUUCCUUGUUCUUACUGACGUUGAGUGCAAGGCUGUUGUUGAAGCACCACUCAACCAGCAGAUCCAUCUCGCUCCUGUAUGCCCCCUUGUCACCACCUGAAGUUCUGCCAACAAUGUUUGUGCCACUGGCAAGUUUGUAGAUGCCUGUUUGAGCUCUGCUUAGCAACACGGUUGUGGGUUUAGAGAAAGCAGAGCCCCCCCCCCCCCAUCCUUGAAGAGUGCCUGAGUUGAUUUUCAGCGAGGUGGAGAUGCUAGUUCCAAUCUGCACAGGCUGUGGGCCUCCCGAUGAGGAAACCAAAGGUGCAGUUGCUGGUGAUGGCACGCAGGACCAGAUUUUGGAGCUCGUUGAUUAGAACUGAGGGGAGGAUUGUGUUGAACGCAGAGAUGUAACUAAUAAACAGCAGCAUGACAUAGGUAUUGCCAUUGUUCUGGUAAUCCAAGGCCAAGCAGAGAGCCAGUGAGAUUACAUCUGCUUUUGUGGUGAUAGGCAAAUUGCAGAGGGUCCGGGUUCUUGCUUAGGUGGGAGUUGAUUCUAACCAUGACCAACGUCUCAAAGCCCUUCACAGCAGUAGAUUCGAGCACCACUGUGUGACAAGUCUUCGAGGGAGCUCACCUUGCUCUUGGGCACUGGUAUGCUUGAAGCAAGAGGGGAACUCUGACUGCAGCAGUGAGAGAUCGAGGAUGUCCUUGAACACUCCUGCCGCAUGGGUUUUCAGAGCCCUACCGGGUACACCAUCAGGGCCUGAUGCCUUGCGAGGGUUCACCCUUUUGACAGAUGUUCUGACAUCAGCCUUAAGGCAGAGAUCUCAGGGUCCCCAGAUGCUGCAGGGAUUUGCACGGGUGUAGUGUUGUUCUCCUUUUCAAAGCGAGCAUAAAAGGCGUUGAGCUCAGCUGGGUGUGAAGCUUCAAGGCCAUUCAUCAUGGUAGGUUUUGCUUUGCAGGUGUAGCGUCCGUGCCCCCAACUUACCCCUGUUCGCCUAGGGUAAACUGCUGUCGCCCCGCUAAUAGUGCAAUACUUCAGUGUAAAUAUGGAGUAAUGCCCCCCCCAGUACACUUGCAACACAAAUAUCGGACAAUACACCAAAGGCGAGUAAAUAAUUGCAACUUUAUAGUUAUUUCUUAGUGAUGGAUUAGUAGAUACAGAUAACCUAAAGGCUCCAAAUCAGUAAGUUUAUCAGUUUGUGCACAUAAUAUUUUAAUAUGUUGGAGCUCAUGCCUCCCGUUCCAUCCACAACGACCUUCUGAGCCUUUGGCCACCGUCCGAACUGCUGACGUCCAGUAUCUGCUGCCCUGGAACCGCUGCCCGCUCCUCACACUUCCUCGCUCGCCUCCCGAAAAAGACCACCAACUCCUGCUCAGCUCACACAUACAAGAUAGAAUAACCAUUCUCCAUUGGUUAGUUCCCCCCUUAUCUGCAGUCAUAACCCAAACAUUCCAGACACAGAAACUCGUUACACCAUUACAGAGAAGCCAUUUUGUUAGCCUGAACAGUUGACACCACAGUUAAUGGUACUGAAAGCCCUACACAGGAAAUAAUGGCCUGCAGACUCUGCAAGAGCUGGUGUACAUCCAAUUCCAUCUGUAGCCUCAAUUGGAGUUGUUCCUUCAAUCCUAAAGCAGCCUUCCACCCUGUGACAGGACAGUGUGGAAGGAGUCUCACCCUGUGCCUGACCCUCGAACUCCAAGGUGAAGUUCAAAGUAAAUUUAUCAUCCAAGUACAUCUAUGUUACCAAGAUACUUGAAAUUCACUUCCUUCCAGGCAUUUACAAAAAAAUAAAGAAUUACAAUAGAUAGUUAAAGAAACGAUACAUAAACAAAGACUGACUAAUAACCAAUCUGGAGCAGAGGUCACCCUUCGGUCUACUGUACUCCAGUGGAAACAUUUCCAGCCAAUCAAAUCUCUCCUUAUUACUAACUCAAACAUGUCCUCCCUUUGAACUGCACACAAUAUUCCAGGUGAGGUCAAACCAACCAGCUGUAGUGGCGUGCAUCCUGCUUUCCCACCAGGGAAAGAUCGGAGAGGGGCAAAUUCCCGCCACCAUCCCACCCGUUCCACCUCCAAUUCAUUCCCCCAGCAAUCCCUGGUGCGGGAGCUGGGAGGUGGUGAACUUCUGGCGUGGGAUACCCAUCCAUCUCUUGACUGUGGAAGCCCUGCGCCAAGCGGGAGGUGCGGUGUUGGGGGAUCCCCACCCCUCGCCGCAUUCCCUCAGAAAGUCCUGCUGGGCAGAGACUACGAGCAGACAGCUGGAGUUUGCUUCCCGCUUUCUUUUUCACUUAUCCUGUGCCACACACCGUUGACCAAGUGGCCUUCUUACCCAUGGGGUUCGAGGGAACCGGAUCACCCGGAGGAAACCCACGCGGUCACGGGGAGAACGUACAAACAGACAGCGGUGGGAAUUGAACCCGGACUGCUGGUGCCAUCUUGGCAUUACGCUCAUCGCUCUGCUAUCGUGUCACUGCUAAUAUCUUGAGUGAGAAUCCUCACUAAAUCGCAAGGACUCCAGGAACCCGCAGUCAAGUACCAUGCAGGCGACGGACAGGAGAGAACCUGCAGACGCUGGAAAUCUGAGCAACACACACAAAAUGCCGGAGGAACCCAGCAGGCCAGGCAGCAUCUGUGGAAAGAAACGUUCAGUGGACGUUUCAGGCCGAGAGCCUUCGGCAGUACUGGUGUAAGUGACACGUCCCAGCUGAGUGGGUGGUGAUUUGAGUUGGAGGGGAGGGGUUGGAUUGACUGGGGGGGGGGGUGAGGUGGGUAGGAAUCACAGGAUUGACCCCCCUCACCCCCAACGUGAAUAUGAUGUGGGCGAUCGUGGUCUCAUGGUCCCCUUCCUCUGGGCAGUGUCUUUACAAGAUGGGUUACACCACCCCCCAACCCACCCCCGUCCCCCAGCCGUUAUCGAUACUCUGGCGUCAGUGGUUGCAUAACCAGGACUUGUGCUCGUACGUCCAUCCACCACGUGACCCUGAUCAGGGGAAGUCUAAGCAGGUGCUACACCUUACCCAAGAGUGGGGAAGGGGUUCCUUACACCUCCUUUGGUAUCUUCAACCCGCAACCCAAUAGGACACGGCACGUAAAGGUGACGGUGGUGACGAGCACGAAUUUUGGGCUUUGGUAACUGCCUCGUAACCCGUGCUCGAUGGAUUGUGAUUUGAAAUGUUGUAUAUAUGUAUUCUUUAAGAGUUUUGUCAACUAGUUUCGUAGUAAGUAACCUACACAUGGGGUAUAUAGGAAGCUGUUGAUAGGCCAUGGGAUUUGGGUAAUACUGGCUGGUUUGCAAUGCAGAGGGUCCCACUCUACAUUGAAAGAGGCUUCCUUUCAUUCCUUCCAGCAUACUGGGCCGCUGAUGUUGGGAUUACAGUGACACAAGCACAUUUGCCUCAGUUUUGCAAAGGUGCUGGACAUACAUGUGACGAAAAUAAAUGUCUGCCAGCACCCAUGGGUGCAAGGGGAGGAAGACCAAGGGCGCGAGCUUAACUGCAAAUGGACCAAAUGACCUCCUCAUACAUUUUUGAUGACUCUGUUUUUUGUGUGGGUUGGGGUAGUAUCCUUCGUGUCCGGGAGAGCUGGGGACCUGCUAUCCUUAUUCCCAUUUAUUUCCUCACAACAGAAAAGGCCCUUCAGCCCAUCGAGUCCGUGCCUGCUCUCAGGGUGAUCCCAUCCUCCGUUCCCCUGCCUGCAACCUAUUCUCCCCACUCCAUCUGAUCCUCACACUGGCCCUUGACAUCAGGGGCAACUUACUGAUUAGCCCACUGGCACGUGCGUGUUUGCAAGGUGGGAGGAAAGCGGGGUGGGGGGGGGUUAACCCACGUGGCCACGUGUGUUUCCUCCGGGUGCUCUGGUUUCCUCCCACAGUCCAAAGACGUACCGGUUGUCAUUGUAAAUUGUCCCGUGAUUAGGCCAGGGUUAAAUUGGGGGCGGCGUGGCUCCAAGGGCCUAUUCUGCACAGUAUCUGAAUAAAAAAAACAAAUAAACAAACAUCCCCACUCCCCCCUCACCUGGUCUCACCUGUUACCUGCAGAAGUGACUAGGUGCCAUUAGCAUAAUUAAUUCGGCACUGUGUCUUGGGUCAAAGGGCCUGCUUGUGCCGCAUAAUUAAUUGUUCCAUUAGCAUAAUUAAUUUGGCACUGUGCCUAGGGUCAAAGGUCCUCCUUGUGCCACAUACUUCCAGACCCCACAAUGGUGAUGACCAAAGCAGGCACAUUCUCCAUGGCAACACACACAAAACGCUGAGGGGACUUAUCAAGCCAGGCAGAAUCUAAGGAGAAGAAUAAAUAAUCGAUGUUUCAAGCCGAGACCUCAGAACGUCGACUGCUUGUUCUCCUCCGCAGACGCUGCCCGGCCUGCUGAGCGCUUUGUGAGUCUCUCACAUCAACCGCAGCUCAAGCUCUGAAAGAGGCGGAGGUCACGCACUCCCCACUCCCCUUUCUGGACAGGAACUUCAACUUGGGGAAAGGAGGCAUUGCUCUCAGAGGCAUUAUGGGGACACUCCAAAUUUACCUUUCAAAAGGGCAAGAGGAUGGGCUUUCCCCCUUUUGGGUCAGAUGGCAAUACUACCCAAUGCCAUGGAGCCAUCUCCUCUCCCACUACCAAGGCAAAAAUCACCCACACCCUUUCACCGGUCCUGAACCAAGAGAGUAGCAGCUGAUCCAGAGACAGGAGGGGACACGCAUGGUAAUCUGCUUUGACCACCGGUCACUUGGAGAAUUUCUUCGCCCAGCAGUCGUUCCUGUCUUUCCA